AGUCUCGCGCGCUUCCCGACGAGUGCAGCCGGUCUCCAGAAAACAAUAAAUAAAUAAAUAAAUAAGUAAAGGAAAGCGCGUGACGGCUCCGCGGGGUCCGCACAUGAACAGUGACAUGAUGAGCAGUGUAUAUGGCGUGACAAUGCAGUGGGCCUCUGAGCAGCCACAGUGGGCGGAGCAGCACUAUGACAUCACAUCCACCACAUGCUCACCAGCACGCAAGUUUGAACCUUUCCGCAGUCAGAGGUUAACCAGUUCAUCUUCAGGUGGAGCGUACCAUCAUUCCUGGGCUAACGAUGACAUCUCAGCGCUGACCGCCUCCAACCUGCUAAAAAGAUAUGCAGAACGUUACUCCACCAUUUUGGACCUCCCCUGUGAUAACGGGCUCAUCGGAUACCCAGAUCCUACCAUUUCCGCCAGUGUAAAUGGACCUAGCAUUGUUAAUAGAGCUCCACCCUUGCUUACCGGGCGAAAACUGGAGGCAGAGCCUUGGCUUGAGAGCAUAUACCCUCCACUGGGCUGCGUCCCAGAACUGAUUCCCAAAGCACCGUUGAGUGUAUCGGACAUGCCUGCGAGUGUUGGUAGCUCCCCUGGUGUUGGUGCUGGUAGCUUACCAGAGCCCAGUUUCUCCAGCAGUAACUGUGGUAGCCAAACGAGUGCCCAGGAGUACAGCAGCACCCUAUAUAGUGCCCCUUACUUGCACUCUGUGGGUUCCUAUAAUGGACCACUUCUCCAUCCAGUUGCCUCCCAUCCCAACUUGGUGCCAACAUAUGGUGCUAAUGCCUCACCCAGCCUUCCCACCUAUGGUUACCCAAGCACUGGAUACCCCUAUAGUCCUCCGUCCCCUUCUGCCGCCUGCCUUUCUACCAGCAUUGCACCAGCUACACCUCUACCAGCAUCUAGCAUGAGUGGCUACUCUUACCCAACUCCCACUCUGGCACCAUUGCCUGCUAGUGUUGCAGAUAAUGGUUCCACAAGUUCGGACAGCCUUGGCAAGCCCUACUAUCCAGCUGGACCAGGUGACAUAAGGGCAUUCGAGGAGUUUGGUUUCGGCGGUACUUCUAAUUCAGAUAGUCAGUCAGCAAGCAGUCCUCUCUACAGGCCGCCAGGGGGAAACGAGGGGCAUAAGGGAAACGGAUACGAGCAGUCAAGCAAUACCACGUCGCUGCUCUUUAAACCUACCAAUCCCAGUGACUCUCUGCGUAGCCUCGAGUCUCUCGCUCAAGGCAGUGCCGCAUCCGGACAGUGCUUCGCAGCAACUUCCUGCGCAGCCACCUCGUCAAAUCUGUACUCGUCUGCCUCGUCGCACACACACCUCUGCCUCGACACACACACACCUUGCUGAAUCUUCACCUUUUGAAGGAGCAAAGGAUUUUGUAUUAGUGUUUUGGCUCUGAGGAUGUGCA